CACACAGGAGGCCAUCUGUUAGCCAUGACAGUGAUGGAUUUACUUAACGCAAACAACUCAGCUUUUUGCACCGGUAAUAAUGUUGUAAGACCCCAUUAGGCUACUUGUCUCCAACGUAGCCGCUGUUUAAGCGCCCUGGCGGACUACGCUUACACUACGGUUGAGGGUAUGGACCUGCUAUCAUACCUUCAGUACCAGGCCCUAUUCCUCUGGCUCGUCCUCGCAGCAGGUUGGGCACUCUCGGGCCUCGCUCGCCGCCGUGAGCGCCUGCGACGUCUGCGCCAGCUGGCAGCUCCCUGCCAACGCGCCUCUGCCCAACUAAGCCACUCAAACGUGCUGCAUCCCCAACCCCCUGCUCCUGCUGCUGGUGUUGGUGCUAGUGCUGUACAUCCUUCCAAAGACCAAGCUGCCGGAUACAACGCCUCUGUCACCCGUGUCGCAUGCCCAAAAGACGGCAAACCGCCUGCCCCUCCAACCCCUCCUCACCCUCCACCACGGCUCCCUGGACAGCCCGCCGCGCCGCCCGCCCAGCUGCCGGCACCUCCUCCUCCGCCGCCGCCGCUCCGCCCGCUGCCGCCGGUGUGCGUGGUGAUGCCCGUGAAGGGCUGCCGGCCGCACAGCCUGGACAACUGGGGCAGCCACCUGGGGGUGACCUACGGCGGCCCCGUUGAGUUUUUGUUCGUGGUGGAGAGCGGCGCAGACCCCGCGGUACCCCUGCUGCGGCAGCUGCUGGGGGACAGCUGGAGGCAGCAGGGGCAGGAGCAGGAGCAGGGGCGGCAACAGUCUCGGGAGCAGCAGCAGCAGCAGCAGCUAGAGCAGGAGAAGCAGCAGCAGGUGCUGCGAGCUCCACACCCGCAUAUAUGCCCCGAUUCGGCGGGAGACGGCAGUAACAAUGGUAGUAACGAUGGCUGCAGCAGCUGUGUGUGUGGACACAGCGGGAGCAACGGGUGCAGCGGCAGCAGUAGCAAGCAUGCAAGUGCAUGUUGCGGUGCGCAAGCACCGUAUUCAGUAAUGUGUUCCCCUUCGCAACCGAACGGGUGUAGCAGCAACGGCAUCCAUGAUGGUAGCAGUGGCAGCAGUUGCGCCAGUAAGCGUUGCAAUGGCUGCAGCAGCUGCUGCGGGUGCUGCAGUAAGAGCAGUGGAGGUAGCAGGCAUGCAGCCGCUGCUAGCCCCGGUCGGACUGUGCGACUGUUGGUAGCGGGGCUUGCGGAGGGAUGCAGUCAGAAGAUACACAACCUGUGUGCAGGAAUUGAGGCCGCAGACCCGCGGGUCGCUUCCGAGGGCGGUUACGUGCUGUGUCUGGAUGAUGACGUGGCUCUCCAUCCGGGCAGCCUGGAGGACUUGGUGGCGGAGAUGGAGGCGCGCCCGGAUGUGUUCAUGGCAACAGGCUACCCCUUCGACAUCCCGCCCCCCGGCUCCUCCUUCCCCGCCUACCUGGCCCUCAGCUACCACCCGCCGCCAUCGCUGCUGCUAGUGCCGCCCAGCCGCGACCGCCGCUAUCGUCGCAGCCACCGCUACCGCCGCCGCCCCAGUCACCACCAAGACGAUGCGGCUGCCCUUCCACGGAGCCCCGCCGCAGCCGCCAGCCAGCUUUAUUGCCUUCAUGCAUCCAAAAUGAAACGCGCUUAUGCAGCCAACACCAGCGUCGGCUGCAUGAGCGCGUCGUGAGCGCAUCGUUGCGACUAUCUUACCACAGCGCCUCGUCAUCACAACCACGUGACGUAUGUAACAUGUUGCGUUGGCUGCCCUGGGGGGCAAGGGUGCCGGCGGCAGCUGAGCGGGGCCUUCCUUCCGGGGUUCAUGAGGCCUCGGGAGUGCUGGGAACGCCGAGGGGCUGGGCAUUGCUGAAGGACCGCAGCGGGAUUAGGCAGGGAGCCGGCGUGCCGGCAGCCAUGCCGUAGCUGGCGGCUACGAUGUUGGUUCUAUGGUUGUACGAGCAAGUAAUUAGUACCCGGUGGGAGUAAGGCGGGGAGGACGGGUUGUGGUGACAAAUUGGGGGUACAUGCAGACAUUGUGUGCGUGACAGACUGCGGUUGGGCCGCAUACGUUACGGCCAACUGCCUAACGGCGGCCUUGCUGAGUGCGUAGAUGCGGGUACCCUUGAGACUGCUGGGGCUAUGGUUUAGUAAGGGCUAAGGGGGCUAUGUCGAUAGGGGGCGUACAUGUAGGUUCCGACUCGCGGCCAGUCUUCUUCACAUGUAACGUCGUAUUGGCCCGGGUGGUCACUGAUGUUGGGCACUGAGGGGGCGCGGCUGGCUACGUGGCACGUUAUCGGGUAUGGCAGCACGGCACGAGCUAAGCACACCCUAGGGCGAUCACAAACAGUGGCGAAUGAUGGCUGCUUAGGCUGGCUUCUUUAGUUAGCAGUAUUUUGCGUUAAGUGGGUAUGGCGCACCGUUCUCGUUGCAUUGGACACGGCAUGCCUGCAAGUAGUGCCAAGUAUGGGUGUUAUUUGUGCGUUUGUUGAUGUCACUGCGAUACGGUAGUAAGUUCCUUGCGAUCUGACCCUUCAGGUUCAGAUCCAAAGUUGAAUUGGAAACUAGGAGGGACAGCAAGGCAGGAGUCUGCAUCCGUUUGUUACACAGAAAUCUUGUGAAAUUGUUUGCUAAUUGCAUUACUAUGCGUCGAUAUGAGGAGGACAGGACGCCUCCAUCAGUACCAAGUGUAAAGGGAAA